GGUCCAUUGUAAAUAAAAACGGAUCAGCGCAGCCGUCAUUGCGCAAGGAUGGAAGACCCAGAGUCCCUGGAGGACACGCUGCCCGAGGAGGAGAGGGAGUUUCAGAGGAUUAUAGCCCUGAUCGGUGGCAAAGAGAGGAUUUAUUUGGUCAGCGAUGCCUGUCAAAGUAAAGAGGUGGACGCGGAUGACGCCGGAAUAUUGCAGGAGUUCAUACGUGACAUGUUUCACAGCAGCAGCCACGCGAACAGCAACAGACAGCCCUGCUCCUUUAAUUCAAGCAAUCACGACGACGCUGCAAGUGCAACCCACGGCUGCAGCAAGACAGAGGCAGCCAAAUGUAACGAAAUACCUAUGACAGUGAGGCCCAAGGGUUUGGAUUUGAGAGCGUGCCCGCUGGGAGAGGACAGGCAGAAGGAGAAGCGGCCGACGCACAACGGCAACGCUCAGAGGACAGCAACAAGGAGGGCAAACAUUUACAGCAUAAAGCGAGCGAUAGACUCUCCCAUCAUCAUUUUCAUCUUCAGACAGACAUUUGUCAGCAAAGAUUCCAACGAAGUGUGCUUGAAAGAGAUCUUGAAGGACGUGAAGGCACGUACGAAACGUGCCACAAUCGCCCGACCAGCCCUGAUUGGAUUAAUACGCGCCAGACAGGAGAGCGCCGAGACGCAUCAGUGUGUGCAACUCCUGGAGAGUCUGAUCCGCUCAGUGUUCUACAAACAUCCGCCGGAGGCAAUAUGGGCCGGUUGUUUCAUCCCAAAGACAGAGGACAAAAUUCUCAGCAUCAAGCAAAACACGUGCAGAGUCAUACACUCAUCUCAAACAGCAGAUAAUACGGGGGAUAGAGGGAACCCGCUUUUCUGGCCAUUCCAAUGUUUGUUCUGGCCUCAACGAAGAGGAGCUGGAGGCCAGGCCAACAACUCUGCAAUCACCAGGCAAAGAGGUGACACAGGAAGUGUAGAGGAAGGCACCCCUCUGAAAAUCAGUUCCAUUACUGUUGGACGUCAUGUGGAUGGAGAACCAGCUGGAGGGAACAGCUGAUGUCAGGACACAUGACCUUUGGCCUGCAGGCCUAUGUGGUGGACCAUCCUGUUUUUACUGUGAAGAGAAAAAUUUGCGUCAUGGUGCUACAGAACUUUAGUGCAUUUAGUAUUUCUUAACGGUGCUUAAUAUCCUCACUGCUGAGCCAAAACGAUUCCUGUCUUCAAGCAAUAUGUUGUUUGAUGGUCAACUCUGUUGCCAUCUUGCUGAUUUACACGUUGUCUUUGAUAUCUAAUGGUUAGUUACAAAGGGAUUUAUUGUGUAUGUGCAGAUCAGUCAUACAAGCUGUAUCACAUUAACAGCAAUUUAGCUUAUUAUAGGUUGGGAAUGCAGAAUAGCGACAUUUUACGUAAAAGUAUUCCUUUAACAUGAUCCAUAGUCAAACACAGGUCAAGAUUACCUUCUGGACAAAGAGGGCAACUGAUCCAUGGGCCACAAGAGUUACUGUAUCAACUGCUUAAUGCGAGGUAAACCAGUUGGACAUUUAUUUGGGAAUAUACACCAUUAAAGCACAAUAUCAACCAUUAUAAGGGUCUUGAGACGGGUUGUACCUUAUUAUUGUACCUAACUGUAAAGCCUUAUCUUGAAAAGGGUCCCUGUGUGUGGAACACCUGUUUAUUCACAUGGCAGCAGUGCAAAGCAUAAAAUCCUGCAGAUACAGGUCAGGAGCUUCAGUUAAUGUUCACAUCAAACAUCAGAAUGGGGGAAAAAUGUGGCCUGUGGUGGUGUAAUGGUGUGGGGAAUGUUUUCUUGGCACACUUUGGGCUCCUUAAAACCAAUUAAUUAUCAUUUGAAUACCACAGCCUAUCUGAGUAUAAUUGUUUACACAAUUUACCAUCUUCUAAUGGCUACAUCCGGCUUGAUAUUGCACCAUGUCACAAAGCAGAAGUUGUUUCCUGAACAUGAAAAUUAGUUCAGUGAAAUUCAGUCACAUCCACAGUCACCAGAUCUGAAUCCAGUAGAACACCUUUGGGAUGUGUCCCUGAUAAAGUGCCCACUGAGUGUGUAUAUUUUGCAUAUUACUAUGUUAUUGUUAAAUUAUCGCACAGCUAAUCCUGUCAGCUAAAACUGUACUCACUGCAUAGAGAACAGGAGUAAUGAGUUUGUAAGGGACCCAGCCCUUUUAAUUUUGUUCUGGCCAUGGUCAAACAAUGUGAAUCUUUUUCUUUUCUUUUUUUUUUUUAAACUUUCAUUUAUUAGGAUUUUGUGCCUUAGAUCAGUGCUAUGACUAUAGCAUUAUCUUUAACAGCAAUGGUGCAGUCUGCUUUUCACUUUUAGUUUUAAUGUAGGUUACA